AUGUGCUCUUCUGGUUCUCAAUCCUUGCACCUUCAACCGCCCGCCGUGGCUCGCGUCGGCGGCAUCCGUAUAGACCUAGCAUGCUAUCAUAGUUUGGUCGGUAGCAAUGUAACACCGUACUUUUCCUCUUUCUCUCUCGCCCAACAGGGUUAUGUACCCCUGUUGAAGAAAAAAGAGCAGAAGAAAAACAACGCAUGUUCCAUGUGCAAUCCGUCCAGCUCCCUUCCUCCCACUCAUCUUUCCCCCAACCUCCAACAUGUCUUCUCUAUCCGGCAAGACCAUAGCCAUCACCGGCGCCCCGCCUCGGGCAUCGGUCUCGCAACCGCGAAACUCCUCGCUCGUCAGGGCGCGCGCCUCUCCCUCGCCGACAUCCAGCAAGACCGGCUCAGCGCCGUGGCGGACGAACUGCGAUCCUUGAACAGCGGAGAAAGAGCGGUUGAGGUGCUCACGAGCGUCGUCGACGUGCGGGACCGCUCCCAAGUCGACGACUGGAUGGCGCGCACGAUCUCGCACUUCGGCGGGGGCGCGCUCGACGGGGCGGCCAACCUGGCCGAUACAGCGGGGGUGCUGAACUGCGUGCGCGCGCAGCUGAAGGUGAUCAGGCAGGGCGACGGCGGCAGGAGGGGCGGAGGCAGCAUCGUCAACGCGUCCAGUCUGGCCGGCCUGACGGGCUUUGCCAACCACGUCGCCUACUCCGCCAGCAAGCACGCCGUCAUUGCCAUCACCAGGUGCGCGGCCCAGGAGGAGGGCGCCAGGGGCGUCCGGGUCAAUGCUGUUGCUCCCGGCGCCAUCGCCACACCGAUGCUCGAGCGCAUGGACCAGGCCUUUGGACAACGUCUCCCCGACCGAUGCGCCCUGGCGCGGCGCGGCGACGCCGACGAGGCCGCCCAGCUCAUCUGCUUUCUGCUCGCCGACGAGAGCUCCUUCGUCACCGGCGCCGUGUAUCGGGUCGAUGGCGGGUGGAAUGGCUGA